UGCUUUGCGCAUGCGCGGAGCGCCCGCGGAAAUUCAAACGCUCGAGCUCAGCUGACAGACGCAGACGUUUGAAAAUUCCACAAACUCUGACACGGUUAUUUUACUGAGGUAUUAAGAUGGAAAAUCAAAAGAGACCGAGAGAUCCGCUGGAGGAAAACACUUCGGCCUCUAGUGAACUUGAAAAUGUGUUGAAGAAAAGGCGGUUGGCAGCAGGGGGAGAGGAGAACCUGGACCCCAAGAAAUCCCCUGCCAGGACACGCUUGAGAUUGGCAGAGCUGGAGGUGAAACCAGACACUCCUGCCAUAGCCUCCAUCCGCUCCAGAGUCCAGCAGCUCCGCCAGAGACGAGAUGUACCAUAUUUACCACAUUUUUUUUCUGUAACAGAACCUGGGAGUUUGAACACUUCCGCUCUAAUUGACAAGAUGUUUGACGACGUCCUGCAGCAUGCAGACAAGGAAGCUGAAGGUGAAGAUGGAAAUAAGGAAGAGGAGGUGGAGAAAGAUGAGAGCAAUUCAUCAGAGACUGAAAAGGAAGCCAAAACAGAAUCGGACACAGCUGAAAAGAAAGACAAACAGGAACCGGUCACAGUCACAUUAAAUGAGGAUCCUCUUGACCAGAGUGAGAUGUGUGAAGAGGGUGAAGAAACUCCUGAAGCCAGUUCUUCAACAGAUAAAGAUAAGGAGCUACAGUCUGUUGAAGAUGGUGAAGGAGAAAUUAAGGAAGAGAAGGAGAGCGGCACCAUGGGUGAUGAGGACUUUCUAACCCUGCCGCCCAGCUGUAUUAUUUCUCCUCUCAGCAAAUCUGUUGAGGCUGUUGUCACACCACUGAAGAUUGAAAUCACUGUGUCUGAGCCAUCAGUACAACCGCCCUCAACUGAAGAAAUGACAGCUAGUCCUGCUGACAGUGUUCCACCUUUAUACAGCAUUGACGCCUACCGCUCACAAAGGAAGAUCCACCCCCCUUCUACUCAGAGCUUGACCCCUGGAGUUCAGAAGCAGGUUCAAGAGAAGACCUGCUCAAAAAAGCCCAUCAACAUCAAGGAAAGAAUUAAGGCUUUAAACGAGGAGGCAGCCAAGUUGCAGACAAUCAUUACACAGACGCUGCAGGCUCUGAGCUGUUGCAGUGAUGAGGAACAUGGGAAAGGUUCCCAGCAGGAGGCCGAGGCUGAGAAACUCCUGCUUGUCUCUAGUGAGAAGCGAGCAGCAUUACUGGCAGAGGUUAGCAGGCUGAGAGAGGGUGAGUCUGAUGAACCAGACUCCCAGAAUGCACCUCUGCAGCCCUGCAGAGGCACAGUCAGCAUCAGCAGCAUACAGCUGCCCCUCAAGGUGGAGUUUGUGUGCUCUGCUCGCACAGGCCGUCCAACGCACUACUUCUUCGUUUUGAUCCGUUAUGGCCCAUGUAAUAUUGUGGCAACGCCUUUGGCUACAGCUGCUGAUGCCCAAAAUGGAGACACCAUCACUUUCCCUACUUCUAUUAUACUACAAGACAUUCGCUCCAGUUUUGAGAUUGAUGUUGAGGUCUACAGUUUGUCCAGUACUCGGAGUAAUACCUGCAGUAUGAGUGCUCCGCAGUUCCGCAGCUCAACAAAGUCAAGGGUGACACCCAAGAAGAUUCUCCACAGCAUCACAAAAUCUAACCAGAGUGUGACUUCUGCUACUCUGCCUGGUCUGAGUGCCCAGCGCUCUAGUAACUUCACAUUAGUGGGCUCUCACAAGAUUACCCUGAAUUCAUUGGGACAGAGCAAGUUCCCUCUGGACAAGAUGAAAUUUGAAGGCAAAAUCAGGCGACUCCUUGGAGAUGAGUUUCAGGAAAAGGUUCCCUUCCUCUCUCCUCUAGAGGGCCACAUAUAUCUGCGGCUGCACAAUGAGGGCCACUCCAGCGUCCAGCAUCAGGGCUUUUUGACCAUGUUUGAGGAUGUGAGUGGCUUUGGAGCUUGGCAGAGGUUCUACUUCCUUCUGGAAGGAGGACACCUGCUCUACUGGAACUACCCGAAUGAGAUGGGCAACAAGCCAGCAGAUGGCAGUCUCUCUCUCUUUGGAUUCUGCAGUGUAAAGCCUGUGGAGCGAGAGUGCUGUGCACGGCCCCACACCUUUGAAUUAGAAGAGACAAACACCCUCCAGCAAGAACACAGCCAGACCUUGAAGAAGUGGUGGUUUUCAGCGGACACACGGGAGGAGAGGUCUGACUGGAUGGAGAAACUGAAUCAGACCUUACUGGACUCUGUAACGUGGAAUAGGAAGCCUGUCUCUAACGAUAACAGGGCCAGCACAUCCUCUAACACCAGAAACUCUCGUGAGAGUAUCCUGUAACACAACACACAUGUGAACCCUCACCAUGUAACACUAAGAAAGGAGAUCUCAGAGAAGAUCAUAUGUGGCACAAAAAAAAUACAAGAAGAGCUUCUGAGAAUAGAAGCAGCCAAAAAUAACUGUUUUACAUAAUAGUGCAUCAAAAUCUACAUAAAUACAUACUACUUUGUAAGAUGCAUACAUUAUAGUGGCUUAUUUGUUGAGAUUUCUGAUCUGUCAUUACAUCUUAUAGAUUGUGCUAUAUUUUAGAAUGGUUUACCACACUGUAAGGAUAGAUGGAUUUGCCAUUGCCAUUAAUUUUCAGGUAAGCCAUGUAGUAAGAGCAGUCUGGUUUGAAUGCAUGAGGUAAGUCUCCAAAGUGCCUAUCUGAAUGUUUAUUUAUCCUCCUGCCUUAUUCAGACAGUUGCUUAUGAUUGAAUGAUCAACUGAAAUGCUUUACAUUUUUAAUGCAAUAAUCUGUUUCAGAUUAUGCUCAUGUAUGAGAGUGUCCUUAAUUACAUGGUAUAGUUAAGUUUACUGCAUUAGUAGGGAAGCACUACUUGUCUGCCUUCGACUAAAGCUUUUUAUGUUUAUUGCUUUAUCAAUUACUCUGGGGAAAAAUGUAUGUGACUGUAAAACUGCAGUCUUCAUCUAGAAGGGAGAAUUGUUUUUUAUUUGAAUGUACAAUAUAUGAAGUAUGUCCUGAAUCGUAUAUCUUAUUUUUCUGGGAGGACAUUUUCAUUUUCAUAGUAUGUCUCCUUAGGUUUUGAUUUUGAAAAACAUUGAUGAUUGUUUACUACCAAAAAGCUUUUGGGAAUGCUUUUUGGCCGUGCAUUAUAUCCAGUGAGGUGUAUAUUAUAUUUUUAGGAGACAGUCUGGCCAACAUAAACUAAACGAGUGAGUUUAUACCUAAUCUGAUGAUCGUUUGGGGUUCUUGGGUUAAAAUCUGGAAUGUGCAAGUAUAAGAAUAACACUACAGAGCUGUCAGUCUGAAAAUGCCGUAUGAUAAUUCAUGCAGGGGGAGAGAGUGAUGUACAACCUUAUGACUUCUUUGAGGUUUAUUUGAAGCUUCAGCAGGUUGUAUCUGUUUGUCUUGCGAAAGAGUUCUAGGAACUGUGAAACUGAUAGGAAGCUUU